AUGGGUUCCCGAGCAAAAGAACCCCAAGAGGACCUCAACCCCCUCCCCCCCGCCACGGACCCCUCCCUGGUCCUCACGCAGCCCACCGAGGCCGAGAAGCGGCAGAUCUGGACUCUGAACCACGGCGAAUGGGGCGGCGCACUCACCCUGCAGGAGUACCACGAUCGCGAGCCGUACCUGGCGACGAUCCCGCUGGCGGCGCGCGGCGGUAUGGCGCACUGGAUCCUCACCACCACCACGGAGACGGAAGAGAAGGAGGCGGCGGAAUCCCGCCCCGUCCUCGCCAGCUGCGAGUCCCUCCGCAAACGGGUGUUGUACGUCCCAGCAGCAGGUAGCAGCGGUGGAGAAGAAGUUAGGGACGGCGACGUUCGGGAGGGCGUUGGCUACGGCGUCGCGAGCGUGUACACGUACCCCGAGCGCCGGGGACGGCAAUACGCAGGGCGCAUGCUGAGCGAGCUGGGGCCAGCGCUGAGGACCUGGCCGCGGCAUCAAGCACGGCUGCAGGACCCCAACGGUAGUAGCACUGGAGAGCAGAAAGCACAACCAGAUGGAAAAGGAGCAGAAGGACAAGAAGAAGAGGCGAUCUGCUCGGCGCUCUGGUCAGACAUCGGCAAGCAAUUCUACGCCAAGAAGGGCUGGGCGGCAUUCCCGAGCGUGCACGCCGAGUUUUCUGCUUCGACGGUGGGGGAAGAAGAAGAGGGCACCACCCAAGUCACCACGCCCAUCACCUACGACACCCUUCCCACUCUCUGCGCCGACGACGAGCGCGUCAUCCGGCGGCAGCUCGUCGACACGGCCCAUGCCACUGGGCGCACCGCCAUGGCGUUUGCCCCCGACCACGACGCGCUGCGCUGGCACCUGUUCCGCGACGACUUCAUCGCCGCGCUCGUGUACCCGGACCGCGGGCCGUCGGACGUCCGGGGCGCGGUGGCGGUUAUUAGCGGUGACGGGGAGGAGGGCGGUCGCGUCUGGGCCAUCUGGACGCGCAACUACCACUCCAAGACCCCCGCUGAGACCCGGGAUAAGAACACGCUGUAUAUCCUGCGUCUCGUCAUCGAGUCUCCUGCCUCCUCCCCAAUCUCCACCACCACCACCACCACCGACCAAGACCCGAACCCAGCCCUCCUCUCCGCCUUCGAGUCCGUCCUCCAGAAAGCCCGCCACGAGGCCCGGCGCUGGGACUGCGGCAAGAUCGACGUGUGGAACCCGACGCCCGCCGUGCGCCAGUUGAUCGAGCGCAGCGGCCUCGCGCACCGCUGGGUCGACCGCGACACGGCGAGCGUGCCGAGCCUCAUGUGGUACGGCGGGCCCGAGGCGACCUCGUCGGGCGAGGUCGAGUGGGUCGCUAGCGAGAAGUAUUGCUGGUGUUGA